GGUGCUCCUAUUUCAGAUUUUGCUCAGAAAUGGUAACUGCUAUUUAGAGAAUGAUCUACAUUAUUUAAUAAUUUUAUUAAUAUUGGCGACUAAAAUGAAGAUGGAAUGCAUUUGGUCUAUCCAGAAAAAUUAUAAAUAAGAUAAAUUAACGCAUAAGACAUACUUCCCGAUUCCAUAAUAGUAGCAGUACAAGUACCAUUUAUAACUACAUUUUUAACUUAUAUUUAAUAUGUAGUACAAAUACUACUGUUAAAACAGUUUUUACUAUUUUCACAUAAUUUCAAUUAUUUUUUCAAUGUUUAUCCAAUAAGUAAAUAUAAAAGAAUUAUGCAAUAUUAUGAUAUUCGCGAAUUAAAUUAGUAACGUGAUAGUCUGCUGUAGAUACUUCAAUUACGUAUAUCAAAAUAUGCAAAUCAAUGUAGACAAUUUAAAAUUACGAGAAGUAAUUAUAAUGGCGAAGUAUGUUUUAUAUUGUACAACGAACUACAAUGUUUAAUAAACCCUGAUAAAAGAUAAUCACUAAUUAACCAUUUGGUGCACAAUUAUAGAACUAACUUAUAUAUAAAACAAAAAGUGUGUGUAGCACGCUCAUUUUAUAUUUCAUAUAGCGUAGGUAGGAUAUCGAUGUAAAUAUUUGUAGAAUCUUUUGAAUUUUCUCUUAUUCCCCCCCACAGUAAAACGUUUGAGUGAAUUUUAGUGCUGUUUUUGAGUUAACACAAUUUUCCAUCUUACUUAGACUGUUUCAUAAUAUGCACAUGCUGUUUCUAUACGCAGUAUGCGCGACUUUGAUCGCAGCGACGAAGGCCUAUGAACCGACAACGAACAUACUCGAACGACGACUACGCCCUCUAGAUCUAAGACCCGACCGAGAAACUGUCUCUUAUCUGAUACCUCGUCUUGCUGCCAAAUAUAAGCCGAACGAUGAAUGGAAUGGUGUUAAGGAUCCUCGAUUUUACUUACUUAGCGAAUUGGAAUCUAAUAAUUACGACAGUGAGCCUUUUCCGGAAGCUGAGAGAAUAAAAAGAGACGGUCUCACUGAUCCCGACCUGAGUCCAUCGCUCUCCUUCGUCAACUCCUUGGACGUUCUCAGAAAUCGACUUUUGUUAGAAAUUGCAAGACGGAAGCAGAAAGAGGGCAUGAGUCGCAACCGAAACUUUUUAAGUUCCGUAGGAAAGAGGGCCAUAUAUGGGCAACACAGAUAUGAUAAUGUUUUGUAAAUUGUUGUACCGAGUAACCGUAUUGCGACAAUCGAUCGCAAUAAAGUUACUCCUUUGAAUGAAUUCCAGUUCAAGAUCUCUCUGACAUUCCUGUAGUAUUUUAGAUAGCAAGCUUGUUUUAUAGAUCGCGUUAUUCUUAUUGUUAGUCAGAAAAACUACUAGUCGAAAUUUUUAUUAUCUCUUUUUAGUAUGGAACACCAAUUAUACGCCACAAUGUCUGUUUAAAAUUUUGCAUUGGUUAAAUGUACAAUGCUGUAAAACAUUAAAGCAAUUUUGUUUUUUCGUAUGAAAAAUUAUUAAUUUCGCGAUAUGUAACACAAAAUUUAUUUUUUUCCAGUUAUUUUAUAAUACGUAAGAUACAGUAUUAUCGUGCAGAAAAUUCUAAGUAACUUAACUCUAUCCUAACUAAAUGAAUGUUUGGGCAACAUUUUUCCAUGAUGUAAUAUUAAGUUAGGUGAGGGCCAGGCUAGGUUAUAUUAGCUUAAUUCGCAUUAUAAAAUCGUGACUGAUUAUCACAUUUUUAUAAUUUCUACAAGACAUAACACAAGAAUAACAAUAAUUUCCCAAUUAAUUCUGUAUUACAUAUUGAGAAAAAAUUUGGAAGAUAAUUAAUUUUGUGUUACGUAAAUCGAAAUUGAUGGUUUUAAUUAGAAUACAGUCAAUUUCGUCAUACUAAACGAAAAAAUAAAAAAAAUUUAAAUGCCCCUUCUGCGCAUUCUUCAUUUCUACAUCUAAAUUAACUUGCUCGUCAUUAUGUUCCGCUACUGUUUGUUUGGAAUUCCGUGUCGGUUCAAAAAUCAAAAUUAGUUAAAAAGAGUUAAUUAAAAAACCGAACAUGCACAUAAUUUUGUACCCAUAUCUAUAUUUUCAAUUGAUUAACAAGUACCAAUAACUUGGUUUAUUUCCAUCAAACUAAGUAAAUUAUAUUAAAAAAUCACAGACAUUG